AUGUCUUCAACUCCAAAGAGAGCGUUUAUCGGAAAAAAAACGAAAAAGUCACGCAAUGAGGAAGAUAAUGAUUACCGGCCACAUGGAGAAAAGAUGGAUACCAUUCAUUUAAAAAUGGAGACUCCGCGGCCAACGCGUUCGAGGGGAGACAAGGAACUCUCAAAAGGAUUAUCAAAUGAGAAGAAACAAAAAAAGUCGAAAACUAUGAAGGAGGUAGAAUCGUUGUUUGAAAGAAAGGUUAUUAUGGAACCUGAGAACCCGGAAAAUGUCGUCAAGAAAGAAAACAAAGGAGGUGAUCAAGUGAUCAAAAAAGAGAGUGAUGGAAUUCUUCAAGAAGUCAAACAAGAAAACGCAGGAAUUCUUCAAGAUGUCAAAUCGGAAAUUUAUCCGAUUGAGAAGAAGCAAGUCGACAAACUGUGA